AUGUCAGCGGUUAAGAUGAGCGAAGGCAGUGUGCAGGUGGAAACCUGCAAAGCUCCACUUUUCUACAGACAAAGCAUGCCGGCUACAGGAGACCCAAAGAUGUCGGUUCUUCUCCUUCAUGGGAUCCGCUUCUCUUCGGAGAACUGGCUCCAAAUCGGCACUCUGGAGACUCUUGCCAAAGCCAGCUGCCGAGCGGUUGCCCUCGACCUGCCAGAACUUGGUCAGUCCAAGUCGGCCAAAGCCCCAGCAGCUGUGGGAGAACUUGCCCCUGCAGGGUUCCUGAAGGAAGUGUGUGAAGAGCUGAGCUUAAACCCUGUGGUGGUGAUCAGCCCCUCACUCAGUGGGAUGUAUUCUCUCCCUUUCCUCAUGGAGCACCAGCCUCUAAUACGAGCCUACGUCCCCAUAGCGCCGAUCUGCACUGAAAAAUUCACCGCUGAGCAGUACCAGAGUGUGAAGGUCCCGACGCUGAUCGUUUAUGGCGACCAGGACACUCAGCUCGGGGAAGUGUCGCUCCGUAACCUGAGCCCUAUAACCAAUCACAGAGUGGUGGUGAUGAAGGGGGCGGGACACCCGUGUUACCUGGAUGACCCAGACACCUGGCACAAAGAACUUACUGACUUUCUGGGUACUCUGUGAGACUCUUUGCCCUGUUGAAUGGAGAGAGAAGCCUGACAAAUGAAGCAUUCAUGAGAAGUUCCUAGUGCACAAUGAUUCCUGCAAAUCAAAUCACAAGAGGGGUUUGUCUGUUUACUAAAUCCAGCAGCCUAUGUGAGCACUUAGAAAAUUGUUUGUUAUAGGAAACCCCUCCUUAUGCUGCUUUUCCGUUAACAACUGGGCUAAGACUAUUCCAUUAUUUCUAUUAUUUCGUGUCUUUUUCCAUAAUGCCUUCUACUCUUAUAGUACGUGUGACCUUUGGAGCUAUGUAUUUGUAACUAAAUGAGUAACAGCAUCCUUUCUGUAUUGAAGACCUUAAAAGAGAUAAGAUUAACUUGCAAUUUGUCUGCUGGUGUCUGAGGUCAGUUUAUUUUAGUGACUGCUGCACAAGCAAUACAGAAUAGACCAACCUUUACUUAGUCUUACUUUACUUAUUCAUUUUAACCCUUUAUAUAAUUUAUUUGUUUAUUUAUAUAAUUAAUGUGUUUAAGAAAUGCAGGGCCCAUUCAACCCUAGCUUCGUUUAAUAUGUACCCAUAAAGACCACAUUGUAAUCCACUGUAAACCAUGAUGGUUUAUGGUUGAAUAGCCGUAAAAUGCUAACCUUUUUUUUUAGGCUUUUACUAAAUAUUAAUACCAAGAUAAAUUGAUGCAAAGCAUGUUUCUUAUAUUAUGCAAGUCAUUUUAAUUAUAGAUGGGAUAUUAGCAUUUUUUUAUGACUAUUCCUCUCCUUUAUUAAUAAAAAUAUUCCCCCCUGAUGAUUUUUAUCUGAUAUAA